ACAAAAUGCAUGUAAACAAAAAAUAAUACAGUUCCAGAAUUUUACUAAAAAAAUGGAAAAAUAUUGACAAGAAACCACAAUAUUGCCAUGUCCUGACCAAUCUUAAUACCAAAUAGUAUUAUUAGCUUAGCUGUGAUCAAAUUAAAAUGAAGUAUUAUGAAAGCAGUGUGUUUUAUCUUAUAUAUGUUCUAUAUAUAACAACUAUCAACUGUAUACAUGAUGAAUCUGAGCAUGAUGAAGACAUCAACCAUUCAGUAUAUACACAAGUUUUUGAUGCCAGUAGUGAUGCCAAUUAUCACUCUAAUCCUCAUCCUAAAAAUCGUAAUUUACAAAUACCACUGAUUAUGUGGUGGACGAAGCAAAUCUAUCCUCAUACCAAUGCAGAUCUGUCUUUAGUUGAUUGUGGAAAUGUUAAAUGUUACUCAUCAUUCCAGAGAAAAUAUCUCUCAGAUCCUAGAACAAGAGGUGUUAUGUUUUAUGGUACAGAUAUUGAACCCUCUGAUUUACCAUUACCUAGAUAUUCUCACCAUGAAUGGGCUUUGUUUCACGAGGAAUCACCAUUGAAUAACUAUAUAUUAAGUCAUGACGUAUUUCUCAAAUUGAUAAAUCAUACAGCAACUUUUAGCAGACAUUCCGAUUUUCCUUUAACAACUCAAAAUAUUUAUCAUCCACAUUUUUUUACUGAAAGAAAACCGAUUCCACUUGCUGUCAAAAAUGAAAAGAGGAAAAAAGAGAAAUUGGCACCAAUUUUAUAUGUUCAGACCCAUUGUGAGGUUCCAUCAGAUAGAGAUAGAUAUGUAGCAGAAUUAAUGAAAUAUAUAGAUAUUGAUUCCUAUGGUGAAUGUCUUCAUAAUAAAGAUUUACCUCCACAUCUCCAAGAUCCAGUACCAAAUUAUGAAAUCGAUGAAUUCCUGGAACUUAUAUCGUCCUACAAAUUCCAUUUGGCUUUUGAAAAUGCCAUAUGUAAAGACUAUAUGACUGAAAAGUUAAUGAGACCUCUGCAUGUAGGCUCUGUACCUAUUUACAGAGGAUCACCUGAUGCUGUAGACUGGAUGCCAAAUAAUCAUUCUGUGAUAAUGGUAGAUGAUUUUACAUCUCCUGAACAGUUAGCUGAGUUUAUUCAAUAUUUAGAUGAAAAUGAUGAAGAAUAUGAAAAAUAUCUCACAUUUAAAAAAGAUGGUAUAACAAACAAAAACCUACAGGAACAUCUUAACAAAAGAAAAUGGCAAGUUAGUCGUGCUGGAAAUAUGGAGUUUUUCCCUGCUUUUGAAUGCUAUUUAUGUGAUAAAGUAACAGAGAGAUAUGAAAAUGAAAAAGAACAUAAUCUGAAUCCAGAUGUUGAAUUGUUACCACCUAAAAUGGCCAAUGCUUCUCAUCUAGGAUGUCCACAACCAUUUACUUCUCUUGGUACUCCAGAAGAUAUAUCUGACAGAAAAGAUAGCUGGAAGAAAAUGGGUUGGAUAGAAAUGUACUGGCAAGGCUUAGAUGAAGCACGAGCUGUAAGAAACAUGUUGCUGAAUAAUGAAAAGAAUUCUUCUAAAUUUCAUAAAUAUUUACUGAAAGUUCAGAAGAGAGACAAUUAAGCGGACACAUCAAGGACUGAAAUCAAAACUUUGCUGAAAAAUAGAUUUGAAUUCUUCAUCAGUUUUUAUAUUUUAUUUAUUUUUUAUAAGAUAUUUUAUUUUCUAAGCCUUGUUUGAUGGAUUUUAAAUAAAUUAGUUAUCUGAUUGUUU